AUGAAGAGACCUGCAGAGUUGGUUCUCAUUCCUGCCCCAGGAAUUGGGCACAUCUUGUCGGCGGUGGAGUUGGCAAAGGUCCUGAUGGCUCGAGAUGACCAAAUUUUCAUCACAGUUCUCAUCAUGAAGCUAGACCUUGACUCCAAGCCCAGUGAAAUUGAUGUUACUGAUACAGGGAGUGACCGUAUCAACUUCAUCACCCUCCCAGAAGUCAACAUAAGCACGGACGCCGAUCCCAGCAACUUCCUCAAGUUAUUUGUUGAUAGUCACAUACCUCACGUUAAAGAUGCAGUCUCCAAGCUCAGCCAGUUUUAAUUUGCGCCUAGACUUGCUAGGUUUGUUAUUGAUAUGUUUUGUACCAGUUUUAUAGACGUUGCCAAUGAACUAGGGGUUCCUACAUAUGUGUUCUUCGCAUCCAACGCAGGGUUUCUUAGGCUCGUGUUCCACCUCCAAAUCCUUCAUGAUGAGUAUAACGACGGCACCGAUUUAAACGUCGGAUAUGCUUUGUUGGUAGUGCCUGGUUUCGCCAACCCACUGCCGGCUAGUGCCUUACCCAAAACGUUUAUGGACAAGAAUAGCACGCUCUCAUUCAUCAACCAUGCAAGAAGAUCGGGGUUCGCACUUGGGGCAGAUAGCAUCUUCAAGUAGCUUGAUGAGCAGCCUCCAUUGUCGGUUGUGUUCUCGAGUACCAUGGGAAGUUUUGACGAGGACCAGGUUAAGGAGAUAGCCUAUGCCCUAGAGCACAAUAGAUAUCGAUUAUUGUGGUCUCUGCGAGAGCCCCCAGCAAAGCUGAAGGUUGCUUACCCUCGUGAAGAUGCAAAUUACAAGGGAGUCUUGCCUGAAGGGUUCCUGAUCGGACCACAGGGAUUGGGAAGGGUUGUAGGAUGGGCUCCUCAAGUGGCCAUCUUGGCGCACCCUUCCAUCGGAGGGUUCAUAUCUUAUUGCGGGUGGAAUUCUAUGCUUGAGAGUCUUUGGUAUGGUGUGUCUGUUGGCGCACUGCCAAUGUAUGCCGAGCAACACUUGAAUGCAUUUGAGAUGGUGAGGGAAUGGGGAUUAGCAGUAGAAGUAAGUAUGGUAUAUAAGAAGGGCAAUUUGAAUGAGCAAGAUAUAGAGAGAGGGAUUAGGCAACUGAUAGAGCUUGGUAGUGAUACCAGGAAGAGGGUGAAGAAGAUGAGUGAAAUGAGCAACAAAGCCAUGAUGGAUGGUGGUUCCUCUUAG